AUGAUGAGCGACAGACUCUUAAGCAACUUGGAUAAGCUUCUACUCGAGUUUGUUUUCCAGCUAAAGCAAACUUCUUAUGCAAAGGAACACGUUAACCAACAGAUAAAUUUGUAUUCUGUAAAAAUCACAGAAAAAAGGAAUGAAAUUGCUAGGUUGAAGGAAAAUAUAAAUAACAGCAAUGAUGCAAUUGCUGAUUUACGCAAGCAAAAUGAGAAUAGUAAGGACAGCUGUAAUGCCUGGAAGCCCACCUAUGCAAUUCUUAGCAAGCAUGAAGAAUAUUUGAAAAAUGAACUCGAAGUUUUGCAAGAAUCUACAGAAAAUGAGAGGAAAAUGUAUCAAGAUUACAUAAUCCAGUAUAAAGAGAUUUUGAAGCAACACCAUGAAAAGUAUGCAGAAACCGCUCUUGCACAGGAGUGUUACAAAAAAAAGAAAGAGAUUGAAGAAAUCCAAAACAGAAUUCUGAAGCAGUCUGAACAAUAUAAGUUGAAAGAAGACGCUUGCUCGGACAUUCUGGAGCCUGCUCCUUUUAAAUCCCUUAAUGACUGGGCUUUGCAUAUUGCUUCUUUGAGGCAAAAAACACAGGAAAUGUUAAAGCUUGCUGAAGUUGCUACGCAAGAAUCAAUUGAACUAGAAAGAGAAGCAGAGGAAUUAGAAAUGAAAAUUAAUUAUUUUAAAAAGAGAUUUGAAGAGACUAGAGAAGAUCAAAAUGAUUCAGAAAUGGUUGAAGGAAAAAAUCUGACAAGUCUAGAGAAGCCGAAGGAUUUUAAGGAAAGGAUAUUUGAAGAGAGUGAGCAUCCUUUGUUAAAUGAGAAACAUCAACUGUAUAAACCAUUACAUCUUCUGUGCAUUCCUCGGAAAUCAGUCCAGUCUGUACAGACUAUUAGAUUCUCUAUGAAGCGAACAGACAAAGGGAGAGAAGAAAAAGAGAAACGUAUGGAACAUUCAGUUGCUACUAGCAGCUCCUCCAGCCAUGCAGAAAAUCCAUCACGGAUGGUUACGGACACUGCGCGGACUAAUAAUCUACAAAUUGCCCAAGUUCCAAUAGCAAGCUUGCAAAACCAAAUGCAAUUCAGACAGCUAGUUCCUCCAAAGCAGGUGACUACUAAUCAACAGUUUGAGAGUGAAAAUACAGUAAUAGAAGACCAAGAGGCCAAAUGUGAUGGUAAAGAAGCAGAAGAUGAGCCUAAGGAUUCUUCGUACAUACCUCAAAACAUACAUACCUAUUUUAAGUCAAAUGAAAACAAUCCAGACAGAGCAGAAGAAAGUGCAGAACAUUUUCUAAGAACACCUGAAACACCUGAGUUUGUUGGAACACCUGAUGCAAAGGGGAAGAAAACCCAGUUCUCUAAAACACCUCCAUUUGACUUCAUUCACAACUUAGGUUGUGAAGAAGGAACAUCAAAAUCUCCGGCUUUCUUUUCUCUCAUGAACUUCUCCCAGAAGUCACCUGGCUUUAAUUUGUUUGAUUCUUCUGUGUUUGGGGCAGAAAAUUCAUCUGAUGAGACAGAUGAUAAUUAUCCUGUGGGACACUUGAAUCCCAUGUCCCCACAGAAAGAUUUUGGAAGCUUAUUUGGGAAAUCAGAAAGUGAGGGUGCAUUUGCUUUUCCCUUCCCCUCGGAAUCGACUUCUCAUGCAUUUGGAGAUGGAAAAGAUGACUUUAGUUUUCCGUUUGCAUUUGGACAGGAUCAGAGAUCAUCACAGUCUCCUUCUGUGAAAGGUUUUCAUUCUUCCUUACAAAAUACAAAGCCAUCUGCAUUCUUUUGA